AUGCAAUUUCCUCAAGCACGCUCCAAUUCCCCCUCCGGGUUUGCCAAUCUGCUCUCCAAGCCUUCUAGAUGGUUCCGAAAACCAUCUGAUCCACGCUUGGCGUCGUGCGCAAGUGAACCUCGAAGUAGCACGAGCUCUGUGGCCGUACGCAAGCCGAAGAUAUCCCGCCCAACAGACCCACGCCCAAUUUUUCAAUCUUUUCAAUCUCAAUCGGAAACCCGUAUCAGCGAUGCCAGCAAGUCGGUUCUAGAUCUCCCUUCUAAGAAGUCCUUCGAUUUACAACGACCUUUUCCCACUUCACAACCCUCCUCUCCUGAUACCAAUGGAGGGCUCGGUGAUCUUCGCGAGAUAUCCCGUAGAACUUGGUCAAAAUCUGCAGAUGAUCUUGGAAGCUUCUCGACAUCCUCGUAUACCUCUGCAGAUGUCUCUUUUCAGCACAGAGUGCAAGAGUACAGGAAUAGAAGUAACAGCAGCGCGACCUUGCAUCCAGCUUCCCCUAAUUCUGGUCCUGGAAGUCCCGCGAAGCACAUUUUCCCAACCAUUGUGACCAAUAUCCCUCUUUCGUCUUCCCCUCCUGAGGGCGAGCUCUCCUCCCCUGAUCCCGGUAUCUCUAUCUCUGUCUCCUCACCCACUUCGGACGCGUUCUUUCCCCCUGCAUCAGAGGAAGCAUCUCCUGUUCAUGUCCGCAACACGUCAUUUGCACCCCGAUUACCUUCCAAGCUAUCCGCAUCCAAGCUCGGGUUUUCUCCAACAAGCCCCAAAAGAAAGGGUUCUGGUUCCGAGCGAGAUGCCGAAUCAACAAAGGAGAAAGAUAAUGAUCGGAGUGGCCCCAGUGGCACGCGUGGUGUCUUUCCUUUCAGUCUUACGAGUCCUUCUUCCAACAAACAUCCAACGCCCACCCCAACUUCCGUCAGUGGCCAAAACACAACGUCUUCGUCCUCCCCACUACUCGCGCCCUCAAUGCUCAAACCUGAUGGCAACGACGACAGUCUCGACUCGCGUCGUACGUCGCAGAUCAUUUAUAACUCUGGUUUCAUCAACCGUAUGGGAGACGCCGCGCCAUCGAUCUACGCGCAUUAUCGGCCGUACAGCACUGCUACGAAUCUGACGCUGUCCAAGGGAUGGAAGGCGUUCAAGGCAGAACUCAAAGGGUCGAAGUUAUACUUCUAUAAAGCACCCCAUGACCGUAGCGCUGCCAUCAAGGAACUCUUUCCUACUGAGAUCGUCCCUGCCCUCCAAGAGGGCGAAGUGGAUGGUGAAGCCGAUACCCUGGAUGAUAUAAGGAUUGGUAGGGGUAGAGAUGACGGUACAGGAGGGAGGAAGAAGCGUGCAUAUUGGGGUCGAAGGACCCAUCCUGACCUAGCUCGCGGUGACGAUGGCAUCGAGAAGGGGACCUUCGAGGCUCUCAUACAUGAAGCUGUCUUCGCCACGACCUUCCUCCAGCCUGAGGACGAAGAGCAAAGUACUUUCACAGACGAGCCUCGCCGACCGGAGUGGAAAGACUUCUGUUCUGCUGUGUUGCUCUGCUUGCCCAUCCUUGUAGGGCGAGAGACAUUUGAGAACGAGUUCACUCGUCUAUGCGACAACCUCGUGAGUGGCGCCGAAGAGAAAACACAGAAUUUUGAGCGCUCGUGCGUCUCAUGGAUGGCCGGGGAGUAUCUCCGGUACCAUGGUGCGCCUGCUGACGAGCCUGCCUGGGAUACUUGGCGAAAGGAAACGAUACCCACUUUUUCUUGGAACGAAGGGUAUGCCUCCGGAAUGCCCAAAUCCACCUCUACACAAGCCGUUUUUGCGCCCUCCCCAAACCCCGGCAUGGGCACGCCCUCGAUGACCGGAUGUACGUUCUCUCCAAACCUAGGCACAUUCUCCCCUCGUCCAGGCGACGAUGCCAAGCUGGCAUCUCUUAUGGAAGCAUUGGGUUCAGGAUUGCAAGUUUCUGCAUCACCUGCCAAGCCUCUCCCCCCACAACAACAGCGCUCAAAACAUCCAUUUGUCGAGUCUAAGCAGCGUGUAUGGGCCUUGCUAGCGCAAGACGGCUUCACCCGCGAGGUGCUCUCUCUCCUUGACCCCACUGCCGUUGCCCAUAGUUUGAGGGUCUUCCAUCGACGCAUCCUCCAACAGCUUCCUGAUAACCUCACGGCAGAUCAUAUCUUGAAAGCAGAUAGCGAUCCUGACGCUUCCCCUGAUUCAGGUGCUGGUGCACCAGCCGGUUCGUCGCCGUCAGCAGCACUGUUUGGAAGCGACGACCGACCCCACUGGCUCACGAGGCUGCUUCUCAUGCAGAUUUUAGGUGCAGAUUCGUCGAGCAACUCUGGGUUGGAGCGCACUGCAUCAUCACGCACGCAUUCGCGUUCUGAAGUAAUCUCCAUGUGGGCGAGGAUUGGAGAGCUUUGUCGUGUUGCAGGCGAUGAGUGCUCGUGGAUGGCUAUCUCUACUGCACUGUGUUCGCGUCCUAUUGCCCGGCUUGGCAAAGCGUGGAGGCGAGCGGAUCGUCAGAGUAUCAUGGUUGUAGAGUCGUGGAUCUACCCUGGGGGUGAUGGGCAGGUCGCGCUUAUCAAUGAGCCUGUCUUGACCCCUUGGGGUGGAGAGAUUAGGGAUCGAGCCAAGCAUCUCCUCGAUCAGGCUAGAGAAGAAAGGACAGAUGAAGUAUGGGCGGCAAAGCCUCUUUUGCAGACCAGGGACUUGUUUGAGGGCCUUCGGACGAAACUUUCGUUGUGCCCUAGAAAGACUUCAAGGGAUGAUCUUCCUCACGACGUUGAAAAGCUCCUCGACUUUUGGCAAGAUUUCGUGGAGGAGAAAGUUAACCAGAACUCGAUAUUGGCGUCCAAGUUCCAACGGGUGGAUCAAUUCAUGGCCCUCUCGUUAGCUGCCGAACCGAGGCGGAAAGGCUUGUUCGAGCCGUUUUUCUGGUCGCAUUCCAUGUCCACGCCGCAUACGCUUUGUCAUCCCCUUACGCCCCUGUUGUUCGUGGAUCCGCUGCCAACCGUCUCGCUCAUUGAUCGCGCACAGAUUUGGCGCGGUCGAUUGGAGAGCGGACCGACGAAGCUUAGUGUUGACGAGCUUCAGCGUCUCCGCGGACUUGAUGUUGCGCUGACUCCGGCUUCUCGUAGUAGGAUGGAUGCCUCGUCCAGUAAGGAUAAGUUGUUCAACAUCGGCGAUGUCGACAUUCGGGAGACUGCCAUUCCUGUGUAUGACGGCGAGCUUCUCCUCGUUGCUCGCAGCGACUUGGAUCCAUUGUCCUCAUCCCGACCCGCUUCUCGUGCGCCGUCCAGACCUCCGAGUUCUGUGGAGGCGUGCAAUGCUGACAAACCUAUGACGCGUUCGCCGUCCAUCCGUGUAAAGCCUGGAUCGUCUCAGGGUCUCGAGCGGAAGAGCAGCGUUGCACGCCGAAGCUCGCUGCCUUCUAUUUCUUCUCGACCGAACGCUAUGGUGACAGAGGUGUCGUCGGAGAGGCCCAUUCGGGUCAUCGUUCAAGCUGGGACCUUGGACCGCCUUGUUAAUGUCCUUGUGCAUGGCCUUCAGGGCGUAUCAGUAGCUGUGGCUGAUGAUAAUGGUGAGACGUCUUUAAGGGACGGCAAAACCAGGGACCUUGUCGUCGAUCGGGUUGAGUUUGCGCGAGUAUGGUGGCACGUAUUCCGGAGUUUUGUGACGCCUAUCGUAUUCUUUGAGCUACUUCGUAAACGCUUUUUAGGUAGUCGGCCCUCCAGCCAGCCCUCCUCAAACAGUUCUCUCCACGUGAUACACUUCCGUUCAGAAGUCCUAGAUACAAUGAAGGACUGGAUAACAUCUGGAGGAGGCGCCCAGGACUGUCUCGAUGACGUUCAGCUAUUUGAAGCAGUGCGGUCUUUUCUGGAAAGUCCGUUGGAUCGCUCUUCUUUUGAUGCUUCGACCGCGGAUGACAACGACUUUGGCCAAGCUUGGGAUGCUCUUAACAACACUCGUCAGACAACUCUCACGGCGUUCGCAGCACACAGCCAACGACCUCCGUCUAUUUUCUUGGGUAAUGCCCGACCUUUGAACUCGACGCCUCGGACACGAUCCUUUGGUAACCAACCACCGGACCUCAAUGAAAUCAGUGCCGAGGAGCUCGUCGAGAAUUUGAACGCCAUGGUUUCCGCCGCGUUCAGUAAUAUCAGCGAGGAGGAUCUUUUCAUCACCGCUGAUCUAUUAGAGGUACAAAGUGCAGAUCGUACCGGUUGGUUUUCAACUCGGGAAGUGCCAUCGACAGAUGACAUCGACAUACAGUCCCUGUAUUCCCACUUAACGGAGGUUCAGCCAUCCACGCUGAUAUCCGAGCUUUCUCAGGAUACAAUCUACCGUCUCCUACCGCCUAGCAUCCGCAGCUGUAUCCGUGCCUUUACUAUUCUUCGGAAAUGGACGAUUUCCAAGCUCGUCGCGCCGAAACUGGGGAUCCGAGUACGGCAGACAAGGAUGGACCUUUUCCUUCGAGCCAUCGAGAUCGCCCGUCUUAGGAGCAUGAACUCUGGUUCUUCAUCCGGGUGUGGGGACCGUUCUUGCGUCCGGUCUUUCGUCGAGGCCGUCCUAAGUUCGGCUAUUAUCAGUUCUGAGAGCCGUAUGCAUCAUCGCCCAUGGCAAAAUAUUGCGAAUAUCCGGAAUGUUCAGUGCGACAGCCUCGCAGCGCUUCUCUCAAGACCAGCUGUACCCAGAAAGUCGUAUGGAGAACCUCUUGCUCUUGAUAUUAGUUGGAUUCUGGAACGUAUACUUGAGUUGGUGAGCAUACCGAACGUGGUCACUACAGCGGGCGACAACGAUCAGUGUAUCAUAAAUUUGGAUAAGCGCAGACAUCUUUGCAAUCUCAUUUUGAAUACCCCGUCACUCGCCUCGAAGAGGAACCGUCCGCGCGAAGAAGUCGAUCGCAAAGAUUUCGAACGGUUGAACAACAUCGAGAGAGAGAUGAACUUGAUCGUACUCGACCACCGGAGUAUCAAAGACGAGGCACAGCGGGAGGCGCUCCAAGCUCAAGGCACUGGUUCGGCAUCUGUCAAGAAGACCGUUCGCCCGUUCCAGAGGCUCGUGGCGGUGCAGCAAGAGAAGUACAAACGAGACAAGUAUCUCCACGACCGGCUCAGCAAAGACAAAAAGCAAGAACAAUUGCGCAAUGAGCGGAGAGAUGAUCAAAUUAACAAGGCGAUGCGGUCACGAAAGCCGAUGACCCAGGUUCAGAAGCAACACCGGAUGAAGAAAAGCUACUCCUCCGCCUUCUUCCAACUGAUGAGACCUAUCUCCAGCGCAUUCACCGAUAGCAUGCACGCUACGGCAUUGAAGCGAUCUCCCACUGAAUUGGACUUCUUGCCAAGUGGUAAACCUUCUUUGGUUCUUUCAGUCGUUGACGCUCGUGUUGCCCAAUUUAUCAAUAACGAGAGAUCAUUCACAUUCCAGCUGGACACAGAAGACGGCGGACAUUAUUUACUCCAGGCUAUUUCUAAGCAAGAGAUGGUACGAUGGAUCGAGCAAAUCAAUCGCGUUGCGAGACUUGCUGCUAAACGCCGCUUGACGUAUCUUGGCAAUUCACCAAAGCCGCAACUUGCGGACCAUAUCCAUGAUCAUCAUCCAUCUGCUACUACUGCUUCGAGAGAUCCUAGAGCUGUGUUUGGAGUGGAAUUGGACUUUCUUCUGGAGCGUGAAGCUGGUGGGGUGCAACCUGAGAUCGGCUCGAUACCAUCGGUUAUGCAGACUUGCUUGUCUGAAGUCGAGUUUCGUGGGCUUGAUGAAGUUGGGAUUUAUCGUAUUGCUGGGGCUACUUCCGAAGUCAAUACUCUCCGCGACGCUUUCAACAGAGGCGAGUCACCGAUCACCCCCGAUGCCGAUAUCCAUGCCGUGUGCGACUUGGUCAAGUCGUGGUUCAGGUUACUCCCUGAGCCUGUCUUCCCUUCCUCGUCUUAUUUCAAUAUCAUCGAGGCGAUGAAGCUCGAAAACCUUACCUCCCGACUCUCCUGCAUCCGAAGCGUAGUACACGGACUCCCCCAAGCGAAUUUCGAUCUCUUGAAAAGGGUCGCUGAACACCUCGAUAGAGUAACAGAUUACGAAGAACACAAUCAGAUGACAGCCGAAGCACUAGCUAUCGUGUUCAGCCCCAACCUUCUGCGCGCGCCUCAGAAUGACUUUGCGCUGAUUUUGGCGAAUAUGGGACAUACGCAUAAACUUGUGAAGGCUUUGAUCACUCAUUUCCAUGUAAUCUUUGACGACGAGCUUGAAGCUGACCACGAUGUAGAAGAAGAUGAGAUUGAAGAGCCUAUUCUUGAAGAAAAUGAAGAAGAGGAGGAGAUCGAUUCUUCUGUCAGUGUCAGCGUCAGUGUUAAUGGCGGCGAUGAGUCAUAG